UCUGGAUUCUCUUUUCCUUCGGAGACCGUACUAUCAUGGGUCGUGACUUCAUGUUCUUCGUUUUCUUCAAUGAAGUAAACACAAUCUAAUCGGGUUCGUCUUCGGUGCGUAGCAACUGAUCAUCAGAAUCCCAACCUACUCAGAAAUAAAACAAUUCACGUUAUCGAGGAGAAAUCAUAAGUACUGAUUGCAAAAAGAACCAGUUUUUCAUGGUUGACUAGCAGAAAAAAUGACGCAAUACAUGCCAUUAUUCAGGUCGUGUUCUAGCUUAUGGUCACUCACCCAGCUCCAUGCUCACCUUGUGGUAACCGGCCUCCACAAGAACCCACUCGCUUCAACCAAACUCAUCGAGUCUUACGCCCAGAUGGGCUCCCUCCAAUCUUCAAGACUUAUCUUCGGGACCUUUACGUCGCCAGAUUCGUUUAUGUGGGGCGUGAUAAUGAAAUGUCACUUGUGGAACAACUUCUUUGAGGAUGUUGUUUCACUUUAUCAUCACAUGAUUUCUUUGCAGACCCAUGUUUGCAGAUUCGUAUAUCCGUCUGUUCUGCGUGCUGCUUCUGGAAUUGGUGACAUGAGUGUGGGUAAGAAGGUUCAUGGGAGGAUAAUUAAGUGCGGCUUAGAUAGUGAUACUGUUAUCGAGACUUCAUUGCUUGGUAUGUACGGUGAACUGUGCAGUUUAGGUGAUGCUCGAAAGGUGUUUGAUAAAAUGCGUGACAGGGAUGUGGUUUCAUUUAGUUCUAUCAUCUCAUCUUACGUUGAGAAUGGAGAGGCAAGAGAAGGAUUGGAGGCGUUUCGUUCUAUGGUUUCGGAAGGGAUUGAGCCUGACUCAGUCUCCAUCCUUAGUGUCGCAGAGGCUUGUGCCAAAUUUGGUUGUCCGACGCUAGCAAAAUCUGUCCAUGGACAUGUGAUCAGAAAAGAAAUGGAAAGUGAUAGAAAUUUGAAUAACUUUCUUCUGAUUAUGUACAGCCAAUGUGAUUACUUAUGGGGUGCGGAAACAAUAUUUGAGAACCUCGUUGAUCCAAGUACUGCUUCUUGGACAUCCUUGAUGUCAUCGUAUAAUCAAAGUGGAUGCUUCCAAGAAGCCAUUAAUCUUUUUAUCCGAAUGCAGGGAUCAAAAGUGGAAACAAAUGCAGUGACAAUGAUCAGUAUUCUAAACUCAUGUGCUAGACUACGCUGUCUGAGAGAGGGAAAGUCAGUUCAUUGCUUUAUUUUAAGAAAAGCCAUGGAUUCUGAUUUGGACCUAGGGCCUGCACUAAUAUAUUUCUAUGCUGCUUGUCAGAAAAGAUGUUGCUGUGAGAAACUUCUUCAUCUAAUUGGAAACAGGAAUGUUAUAACUUGGAAUACACUCAUUUCACUUUUUGCUCGGGAGGGUUUAUGCGAGAAUGCCUUGGUACUAUUUGCAGAGAUGUUGAGACAAGGGAUAAUGCCAGAUUCUUUUAGCCUAGCAAGUUCAAUUUCAGCAAGUGCAAAUGUCGGCUCAGUACAAUUUGGACAGCUGAUACACAGCCAUGUGUUAAAAAGAGGGUUGAUGAAUGAGUUUGUGCAUAACUCCUUGAUCGAUAUGUAUUCCAAAUGUGGCUUUGUGGAUUUGGCAUGCAUGAUUUUUGAAAAGAUCACACAGAAAAGCGUUGUGACAUGGAACUGUAUGAUGUCUGGUUUUUCUCAAAAUGGCAUGUCGGUAGAAGCACUGACCCUAUUUGAUGAAAUGUACUUUAAGGGUCUUGAGAUCAAUGAAGUAACCUUGUUAAGUGCAAUUCAAGCCUGCUCCAAUUUGGGUUAUCUAGAGAAGGGGAAAUGGAUUCACCAUAAGAUCAUUACAUGGGCCGUAAGGAAGGAUCUUUAUAUAGAUACAACUUUAACUGACAUGUAUGCCAAAUGUGGAGACCUUAGAACAGCCCAAGGAGUUUUCGAUAGCAUGUCCGAGAAAAGUGUGGUAUCAUGGAGUACUAUGAUUUCUGGUUAUGGUAUACAUGGUCAAAUAAAUGCUGCCAUUUCGCUCUUCACCGAAAUGGUAGAGUCAGGUAUAAAACCCAACGAAAUAACCUUCAUGAACAUCUUGUCUGCCUGCAGUCAUGCAGGAUCAGUGGAAGAAGGUAAGUUAUAUUUCAAGUCUAUGAAAGAUUAUGGCAUUAAGCCAAACACAGAGCAUUUUGCCUCUAUUGUUGACCUUCUGAGCCGAGCUGGUGAUAUCAAUGGGGCAUAUGACAUGAUAAAAUCAAUGUGCCUACCUGUAGAUGCUAGCAUAUGGGGAGCUCUGCUUAAUGGAUGUCGAAUACACAGGAGGAUGGACUUGGUUAGAAGCAUCACAAGGGAGCUUGGGGAAAUUAGUACAGAUGAUACAGGAUAUUAUACUUUAUUAUCUAAUAUAUAUGCAGAAGAAGGAAACUGGGUUGAGUCCAGAAAGGUGAGAUCAAGGAUGGAGGGAAUAGGCCUACAGAAGGUCCCUGGAUACAGCACUAUUGAGAUUGAAAAUAAAAUCUACAGAUUUGGAGCUGGAGAUACUUCUGAAUGGCAAAUUAAAGAAAUUUACAUGUUUUUGGAAAAUUUCCAAAGUUUGGCACGGGAACAUGGAUGUGAUGUAGGGUUCUAUAGUCGAAUGUAUAAAGAUCGUAUGGGUUCUUAUGAUAAUAUUGUUUACGAGUUAGCAGUCGCUGUCUAGUAACAGUGCCUCAUCUCUCCCAUAACAUCAUGUUUGAGAAAGUUUAGGUCAUAAUGCUCUUUAGGACACUAACAAGCAAGAUAUAAGAUUUACAGAUAAUUUGAUUCAUUUAACCGUCUAUAAGUCGCUCAUUUACAGA